UUGCCUUGACUUUUAAGUAAAGUUAAUCCCAACCAUUAAAAUGGAGACCCCAAGAGUUCCUGCACGUGUUAUCAAAGUGCUAGGACGCGUUGGAGCUCGCGGUCUGCUUACUGAGGUUCGAUUAGAGCUGUUAAAAUUUCCACGAAGUCAGAUAUUACGAGCUGUAAAAGGUCCAGUGCACUUAGGUGAUAUAAUUCAUAUUGAUACAUCAGACUUUUGGCGUCUUUAGCAAUUAUUUGCUCUCUAAAUGUCGAUCAAA